AUGUCUGCACUUCCAGAUGACGUCAAUAGAACUUUGAUCGAGGUGUUGAACGGGUUUUCUUCGCCUGUCAAUACCAUUAGAGCAGAGGCAGAGAACACGCUGAACAGAAAUUGGAUUACACCUACGAACAUCGAUGUUUUGUUGAUGUUUUUGGCUGAACAGGCCUCGUUUUCUGGGGAGCUCACGCUGGCUGCACUUUCGGCUGUCCUAUUCCGUAAAUUGGCACUGCGAGCUCCACCAUCAUCCAAGACUGUAAUUAUUGCCAAAAAUAUCACACAUAUCAACGAAUCCGUGCUAGCACAAAUUCGUAGCACUCUUUUGAAAGGGUUUGUUACUGAGAGACCCAGUGGAAUUCGUCACAAACUGUCAGAUGCCAUCGCAGAAUGUGCACAGGAAGACUUGCCCGACUGGCCAGAACUGCUUCCUGCGCUCUUUGAAGCCAUCAAAAAUCCUGAUCCCAACUUUCGUGAGUCCAGUUUCCGUAUCUUUACAUCCGUACCACAUCUUAUCAAUGCGGUGGAUAUCAAUAGUGUGCUUCCCAUUUUUGAAGCCGGGUUUACCGACGUUGACGACAACGUCAAAGUUGCCGCUGUCACAUCAUUCGUGGGAUACUUCAAACAACUUCCAAAGCAACACUGGUCCAAUCUUGGGGUGCUUUUGCCAAGCCUGUUGAACAGCCUUCCGAAUUUUCUCGAUGACGGUAAGGAUGAUGCGUUGGCUUCUGUUUUUGAGUCGCUGAUUGAAUUAGUUGAAUUGGCCCCUAAGCUAUUCAAGUCUAUGUUCGACCAAAUGAUUCAGUUCAUCGAUAUUGUGAUCAAAAAUAAAGAUCUGGAAACAUCAGCCAGGACCACUGCGCUCGAACUUUUAACGGCUUUCAGUGAAAGUGCGCCACAAAUGUGCAAAACAAACCCCAAUUACGCACAGUCCUUGAUCAUGAAUGCGCUCAUCAUGAUGACGGAAGUGUCAAUUGACGAUGAUCAGGCGUCAGAAUGGCACAAUUCUGAUGAUACGGAAGAAGAUGAUGAAGAAGUGACUUACGAUCACGCACGUCAGGCUUUGGAUCGUGUUUCCCUCAAGCUGGGUGGUAAAGUCCUCGCUCCACCGCUCUUUCAGUACCUCCAACAAAUGGUAACAUCUACUGAAUGGAGAGAAAGGUUCGGUGCUCUAAUGGCACUAUCGUCUGCCGCUGAAGGAUGCCGGGACGUCUUAAUUGGUGAGAUCGCCAGGAUUCUUGAUAUGAUCAUUCCUCUAAUUAACGAUCCUCACCCCAGAGUUCAGUAUGGCUGCUGCAACGCUUUGGGUCAAAUCUCAACAGAUUUUGCCCCUCUCAUUCAAAGGACCUCUCAUGAGCGUAUCAUCCCUCCAUUAAUCUCCAAGCUCACUCCCCAGUCUGUUGACCGUGUCCAAACGCAUGCUGCAGCUGCUCUCGUGAACUUUUCAGAACAUGCCACUCAGAGCAUUCUGGAACCUUAUUUGGACGACCUUUUAACAAAUCUACUAACUCUCCUCCAGAGCUCUAAAUUUUAUGUGCAGGAACAGGCUUUGACAACAAUCGCUUUCAUUGCUGAAGCAGCGGAAAAGAAAUUCAUCAAAUAUUAUGAUACUUUGAUGCCGCUGUUGAUAAACGUUCUAAAAACCGAUAUGGGUAGCUCCAACAGAUUACUGAAAGGUAAAUGUAUCGAGUGCUCUACUUUAAUUGCACUUGCUGUGGGCAAAGAGAAAUUCAUGACUCAGUCACAAGAGCUAAUUGAGCUCUUUAUCCUCUAUCAAAAUCAUGGUAUUGAAGAUGAUGACCCUAUCAAAUCUUACUUAGAGCAUGGUUGGAGCAGAAUAUGUCGUAUUCUCAGAGAAGAUUUCGUGCCACUUUUACCAGUUGUGAUACCACCCUUGUUAGAAACUGCCAAGGCUACGCAGGAUGUUAGCUUGAUCGAAGAAGAGGAAGCCGCCAACUUUCAGCAGUAUUCCGACUGGGACGUUGUCCAAGUACAAGGCAAACACAUUGCAAUUCACACUUCUAUUCUCGAUGACAAAGUGUCGGCAAUGGAGCUUCUACAGGUUUAUACAACCAUUUUGAAGAACUACUUUGCUGUCUAUGUGCCAGAGAUUAUGAAGGAAAUAGCUGUUCCUUCCAUAGACUUCUAUUUGCAUGACGGUGUCAGAGCCACAGGUGCAGGCCUCAUCCCAGUGCUGCUCUCCGCGUUGACCUCAGCGACUGGUGUUCAGAAUAACGAAGUUUUGGAGCUGUGGCAUCUAGCGUCGAAUAAGCUGUUGAACGGCAUAAUGAUUGAACCAAUGCCUGAAAUAACACAGAUCUACCACACCGCAUUGGUGGAUGGUCUCGCGAUUAUUGGCGAAAACAGCCUGAACAAUGAACAGCUAACACAAUACACAAAAGGCAUCUCUGCGAAUCUUUCGGACAUCUACGAACGUGUCAAACAGCGCCGUAGCGAAGAAGAUGAGUACAACGAAGAUGUAGACGAAGAUCUGGAAGACUACACCGAUGAGGACCUCCUAGACGAUAUCAAUAAGUCUUUGGCUGCUGUCUUCAAGUCGACCAGAGGGGCUUAUCUUGAGCAAUUUCAAGCACUAUGGCCUCUGGUUAUUACUUAUUUGAGGGACGGUCAAGUAAUUUUGACGCUGUUUGCUCUUUGCGCCAUUGGGGAUAUGGUUGAAAACGCAGGAAGUGCCACAGAGCCUUUGAAGGCAAAUUUCAUCAAUGAAGUUAAGGAUUUUCUAUUGUCAGCUGAUGCCUCGAUACGCCAGGCAGCAUCCUAUGUGAUAGGUGUCUGCGCUCAACACAGUCGUGAAGCCUACGCGCAAGAAUGCCUGGAAUCUUUGAGUACACUUACACGUGUGAUUUCUAUUCCAGAUUCAAAAUCAGAGGAGAACGUCACGUCGACAGAAAACGCUAGUUCUGCGGUUGCCAAGAUUUUGCACAGCUUUGGUAGCAGCGUACCAAACUAUGAGACGUAUGUUGCAAGCUGGUUAAAGUCAUUCCCAGUGGUUCAAGACGAAGAGGCAGCAGCUUUUAAUUAUAGAUUUUUGGCACAUCUGAUCGACAACAACUCGCCUUUGGUCACCAAUGCAGCCACGAUUCCGGACAUUCUCGAUUAUGUCGUCCAGGCUCUUCGUCACCGUUCGCUCGUGGGGAGAAAUGCCACUGCCGUCGUUGAAUCUACGAAAAAGCUUCUUGGCUCUUUACCUCAAAACGAAGCGAUGGCUUUGUUUCAAAGGUAUCCCCCUGAUGUGGUCCAGGAGAUCCAGCACUGGUUUGCAUGA